AUGAAUCGAGUUCAAUCAAAAAGAUCAAGAAGAUCUAGCUCUUACGCAAGUGUAGCAUGUACAAAUUGCCAAAGGAAACACGCAAAGUGUUCUGGAGAAAUCCCUUGUAUAAACUGUGAAGAAAAAAGUCUCAUUUGUCAAAUUAUGCCGGGCAGAAAACGUGGUCCUAAAGAAAAGUCGGUAGAGGUCAAUAGACUUGACGUAGCUCAAAUUACUGAAAAUCAAUAUAUUAAAAGUAACCUUGAAGUUACAGACUAUUCCAAAGACUUUUUGCAUAAUAAUUGUAAUUUCCAUAAUGGAUUAACUUUAAUUCAACCAAUGCAACCACACAAUUGUAAUGUUCCUAUAACAAAUUAUAAUUCUUAUGAUUUGAAUUCAUUUAAUUUUAAUGAUGGUCAAUCAUCACUGGAAUUCCAACAACAAAAUGGAUUUCAAGAAGUUAUAUACGGCAUUGUCAUUAUUCCAGUUAACCUCUCUCAAAGUAUCUCAUUUAAUGGUGACUAUAAUUUUGAAAAUAAUUUAAUUACCGGAACGUGCCUUCCUAAUUAUAAUCCUCUUUAUUCUCUUGAAUCUUCAAAUUCUUCAAAUUUAUUUAACAAUCA